AUGAUAUUAUCAUCACUAGUUCCCGAUUCUUCCUACAUUACUGUUCUCAAGAAAGCUCUAGCUACUGAAUUCCAAAUAUAUGAUCUUGGUGCUCUGAGGUAUUUUCUGGGUUUAGAAUUUAAGUCCUUACCUACUGAUCUACAUGCUUCUGGUCCCAUGUUCACUGAUGCAUCUCUCUAUCGUCAAUUGGUGGGUUCAUUACAAUACUUGACGUUUACUUGUCCUGACAUUACUUUCUCUGUCAAUCGGGUUAGUCAGUUCAUGCAACAUACCAUAGUUGUUCAUUAUUCUGCGGUUAAACGUAUUUUGCGAUAUCUAAAUGGCACCAAGGAUCUUAGCAUUUUGUUCCAGAAUAGUGCCUUGACCCUUUCUGCCUUUUGUGAUGCUGAUUGGGCUAGAGAUGCUAUUGAUCGCCGAUCUACCACUGGCUUUGUUGCGUUUCUUGGCUCGAGCAUUAUUUCUUGGUCGACCAAAAAGCAACAUACUGUGUCGCGUUCUUCUAUUGAAGCUGAGUAUCGGUCUUUGGCUACUACUACUGCUGACUUAUACUGGCAACGACAACAUUUAUGUGACUUGUAUGUUUAUUUGAAAGAUCCCCCCAUAUUAUGGUGUGAUAAUGUUUCAGCAAUAUCUCUUGCCAGCAACCUGGUGUUCCAUGCUCGCACCAAACACAUAGAAAUUGAUUAUCAUUUUGUUCGUGAAAAGGUCGUGCGCAAGGAUAUUUCUGUUCGUUUUGUGUCAUCCAAAGACCAAAUUGCUGAUUUAUUUACCAAGGCGCUGUCUACACAAGCCUUUUUAUCUUUACGUAGCAAACUCAUGUUUUCUGUUCAACCUUGA